AUGGCAUCCUCAACUGCCCCUAAUCCCCCCGCAAGCUCGUCCUCCGCGCUCCACUACAUCCGCUACAACUCCACUCACGAAAACACCUACGUUGCGGCCAUGCGCCAGCUUAUCUCCAAGGACCUCUCCGAACCCUACAGCAUCUAUGUCUACCGCUACUUUCUCUACCAAUGGGGCGACCUCUGCUUCCUCGCAAUGGACACCGACGCUGCCGGCAACGAGCAAAUGGUCGGCGUUGUCGUUUCAAAGCUCGAGCCGCACAGACACGGGCCGCUGCGCGGGUAUAUUGCUAUGCUGGCCGUGAGCGAGGAGUAUCGCGGGCAAGGGAUUGCGACAAAAUUAGUUCGGAUGGCAAUUGACGCCAUGGAGAAAGGGGGUGCAGACGAGAUCGCCCUCGAAACCGAAAUCACAAAUACUGCGGCGAUAAAACUAUACGAGCGGCUUGGGUUCCUGCGGAGUAAGCGGCUGCAUCGAUACUACCUAAACGGGAACUCCGCGUACCGGCUGGUGCUGUAUCUGAAGGAGGGCGUUGGAUCGAUGAGGACGGCGUUUGAUCCGUAUGCCCCUCCGCUGGACUAUGCUCAUGCUCAUCUCCCUCCUCCUCCUGUGCCGCCGGCGGCGCCGUUGCUGAACGAGAAUGGGAGAUGA